AUGCUGCCACCGUCGGAUUCUUUCUUGCAUCACUCCCACAAGCUUCGAGAAGUGGCCGCCAAUGCGCGCAAUCGUGUGGUCUGCACACCACCGCCCCCAUACUCUUCAACAGUCCCACGAGAUUCAACCCAUGAGGAGAGACAGAAUGUCCUAGAGACCGUCGACGACGGCACGACCUGGGAGACCUGCCCCAGUGCCAACUCCACUCCUGUUAUGAUUAGCAUUGACGCCUCCAUUAGUGUAGUGGGCAACGGCAACACCAUCAUGAUCCCAUCUAUGGCGGGCCAUCCUCAGCAAACUCCGAGCGUUUCUACUUCAAUGAAUUCCGAGAAUCCAUCCUCCUCUACUUCCACUCCGCCAGCAGCUUCCGAGGCGGAUGCUCAGGUUCAGAAGCAACGCCAGGCUAAACUGACAGAAAUGGCAACAUCCAUCAUUAAUGCCUUGUACGAUUCGGGCCGGCUAGCACCCCCGGCAGAAGAUCACGAAGCUGCACCGCUUGAAAUCAAGAUCAACACAGGAAUUAAGGUUGAGGGGAGCCGCAACGUCGUUUGCGUUGGUGCUACAGUCCGGGCCCAGAGCAAUAAGAGCGCCCAGGUGGGCACGGAAGAAGGUCGACAAGUCAUCUCAAACAAAAAAAGACGAGCUCUAUCAGAGCCUUUCGAAGCACCGAAAUCCAAGAAGAAUCCUGCGCAAUAG